UAAAAAAAUUUAUUCUAUGUCAAUCAUCCACCUGAAGCUACGUAAUGUUUAUUUAUGACGUCACGUGGUGUAAGAACACACAGUGGAAUAAAACAUAAAAUUUAUUACAUGAGUGAUAUCCACCAUAUAUUGAGCUAAACAUGUGAUAAAUAUAAAUAUAUCAUAUACACUUAAGUAAAAUGAAAAAGACAGACCUAAAAAAUAAAAUACCUAAAGGGCUUAGAUGAUAAAUUUGUUCAUGUCUGACUGUAUUAUGAUCACCCUAUAUUAUCAAAAGAAUGAUUCCUCAAUAUUAUUAUUACUUAUAUUUACAUAUAUUUUGAUUUUCAGCAAUUGUAUGAUUAAAUAAUAUUAAAAUAGUCAUUGAUGAAAUGUAUUGGAAUAAGCCCUACAUUUACGGUGACCUUAAAAUAUUGAUUUUAAAUUAGAUUGUUGUAUUAAUUGACAUUCAUUUAUUCCAUAAGUCAACGGAAUUUUCAGUUUAAUGAGUUAAACUUGAUCAGAUGUACUUGUCUUGCAAAUGUUUCAGUUAUAUAUGAGAUUGAACAGUUGCAUAAAAUUAAUAACAAAUGUCUUCUCCAGGUUGUAGACCUUUUAACAAAGGUUUAUAAACAGUUCUCCAUAGAAAGUCAGGAGGGAAGGGUAAAAUACCUGCAAAAUCCUCUGAAGAGAUUAUCAGUUGCUACAGGAAUAUCUGAGAAAACAUUGAAGGGGAAAGUAGACCCUGAUCCGGUCGAAAUGGUGGUGGAGGACAUGCAAGUUCUAGCUCCAAAGAAGAAACGCGGUCCCAGUAGAAAGCUUGAUGACUUCGAUGAAGACUUGGUGAAGAGGACCAUUCAUGAUAUGCAGUUGAAGGGCCAGUACGUUUCCCUUCGUCGACUGUCAGAUGUUCUAGUAGAAAGGGGAGUCAGGAUCACUAAGACACCACUGGGGAGACUUGUGAAGGAUCUUGGGUUCAAAUUCUACAAAGCAGGUUCCAACCGACGUUACAUCGGGGAGAGGAAUGACAUCGUAAGUAUGCGACAUACUUACCUGAGGUCCAUUAGGAAGUUUAGAGAGGAGGGUCGUCCUAUUGUGUAUUUGGAUGAGACUUGGUUGAACACCAAUCAUGUAGCGAGGGGAGAUUGGGUGGACUGUCCUAGGACAUCUACCUCUGCCUUUGAGUCACAUCGUGGAGGUCAUGGGCGCUUUGUCCCAUCUGGGAAAGGCUCUCGUCUGAUAAUUGUGGAUGCAGGUUCUUCGGCUGUGGGCAUGAUCCCGGGAUCUGCCCUCAUUUUCGAGUCGAAAACAGGCAACCAGGAUUAUCACGACGAGAUGAACUCGGAAAACUUCACAAAGUGGUUCACUGAGCAGUUGCUCCCUAACCUACCGGCUAAUUCAGUCAUCGUGAUGGAUAAUGCUUCCUAUCACAGUCAUCUGGAUCCUGAGUCCAGGUGUCCAACUUCCUCGGCACCGAAGGCUGAGAUCCAGUCUUGGCUUGAUAGAAAGGGUAUCCAUUACAAUCCGCGAAUGAUCAAGGCUGAAUUGGUCACAUUGGUGAAGCAGCAUAAGCCUCGUCCUAAAUAUGUGAUAGACGAUUUGGCUUCACAGUCAGGUCACACAGUUUUGCGUCUACCUCCCUAUCAUUGUGAGCUUAAUCCUAUCGAGUUGGUCUGGGCUGAAUUAAAAAGUUUCGUCGCCAGGAGCAAUGCCACAUUUAAGAAAGAGAAAGUGAAGGAACUCUUUAUUCAGGCUAGAUCAGCUUAUGGGGUUGAGAAGUGGCGUAAGGUGGAGAGUCACGUGAUAAGAGAGGUCGAAGAAAAACUGUGGAAACUCGACGGAGUCCAGGAUGAGGAGGUUGCUCCUGUGGUCAUAGACUUGACGGACUCGGAAGACAGUGACAGUGACAUGGACACAGAUUCUGGUGAUGACGAAAAUGACUCUGACUCUGACGAAUCCAUGGGCUUCGUUGAGGAGUCUGACGAUGAAGUCACUUGUUGCAUAUGUGGUGAUUACAAUGCUCCUGGAAAGUCUCGAAAGAUUGUUUGGGUUGAGUGUGAAGUGUGUAAGAGGUGGAGUCACCGCAUAUGUACCAAGCCCUCUCUAAAGUCAGGUAAGUGUGUCCAAUGUUGGAACGCUUUGUAUGGAUUGAACACCGUUCCUUCAUGA